GAGGAUGUGUUGGAUCUGAGUGAGGGAUGUGAUCAAUAUAGAAAGAAGUGGUAGUGAUUCUAACGAUGAAAGAGAAGCUCAGAAAAGAAUGGCACCUAAGCACCACAACACUUGUUCAACAAGGUGCUCUGUUCCCAUUCUCUUACUCACCUUCACUCUCCUCUUUCUUGCUUUCUUCUUCUUCAUCUUCUUCUACCCAUCUCCAUCUCCAUCUCCUUCUUCUUCUUCUUCCUCUUUUGUUUCCCUAAACACCCCUCAGUUUCUCCAAAACUCCAUCAAAGUCUACGUUGCAGACCUUCCCAGAUCCCUCAACUAUGGCCUCCUUGACAAGUACUGGUCCUCCUCCGGUUCCGAUUCCAGGCUUGGAACCAACGCCGACCGAGAGUCCCGUCCGACCCAUUUGCCCAAAGGCCUCAAGUUCCCACCUUUUCCUGAGAACCCUUUGAUCAAGCAGUACAGCGCCGAGUACUGGAUCUUGGGCGACCUCAUGACCCCUCAGGAACAGAGAUUUGGGUCUUUUGCGAAAAGGGUUCUCGAUGCUGAAGAAGCCGAUGUGGUUUUCGUUCCUUUCUUCGCGACAUUGAGUGCGGAAUUGCAGCUGAGUAUGGCUAAAGGGGCGUUUAGGAAAAAGGUUGGGAAUGAGGACUAUGAGAGGCAGAGACAAGUCGUUGAUCUUGUGAAGAGCUCUGAGGCUUGGAGGAGAACCGGAGGCAGAGACCAUGUCUUUGUUCUCACUGACCCAGUUGCAAUGUGGCAUGUCAGAGCUGAGAUAGCCCCAGCUAUCCUCCUAGUGGUAGAUUUUGGUGGGUGGUACAGGCUCGACUCAAAGUCGUCCAAUGGAAACUCAUCAGACAUGAUCCAGCACACCCAAGUUUCACUGCUCAAAGAUAUAAUUGUGCCAUAUACCCAUCUGCUACCUAGACUGCAUCUGUCUGAAAAUAAGAACCGGCAAACACUUCUUUAUUUUAAAGGGGCUAAGCAUCGGCACCGGGGAGGCCUAGUGAGAGAAAAAUUGUGGGAUUUGCUGGCUGAUGAGCCAGGUGUUAUAAUGGAAGAAGGCUUCCCAAAUGCCACAGGUAGAGAGCAGUCAAUAAAAGGGAUGAGAUCAUCUGAGUUCUGCUUGCACCCAGCUGGGGACACUCCCACAUCUUGCCGACUCUUUGAUGCCAUUCAAAGUCUCUGCAUACCAGUCAUUGUUAGUGACAACAUCGAGCUACCAUUUGAAGGGAUCAUAGAUUAUUCUGAAUUCUCAGUUUUUGUGGCAAUCAGUGAUGCACUUACACCAAAAUGGCUUGUUAGUUAUCUAAGGGGCUUUUCAGAAGAGCAGAAAGAAGGAUUUCGUCAGAAAAUGGCUCAGGUUCAGCCCAUUUUCCAGUAUGAUAAUGGUCAUCCGGGUGGAAUUGGGCCAAUCCCUGUAGAUGGUGCAGUGAAUCACAUAUGGAAAAAGGUUCACCAAAAACUACCCAUGAUAAAGGAAGCCAUUGUUCGAGACAGGAGAAAACCACAAGGUGUAUCAAUUCCACUCCGUUGUCAUUGUACUUGACUUUACGUGUUUCUAUACAUCCAUGUUUGUAUUUUCUUUUAGACUAGCAGUUUUUUCUUGAUGAUCUUUUCUUUCUUCAUUUGAUGAUAUAAUGGUUCGAUAUUGUGAAAUACAAUGCUUUAAAGAUGAUAUAUUUUAUUUAUAUUCGACUAUUCACACAA